AUGGUCUACUUAAACGAGCUGCUGGUACUCGACAUCAACGUGCACGACAAACAACAGUUCGCUUCGACACUUCGAGCGGUGCAGCGCUACCUCAAAGCCCAGGGUUAUAAACGCGGCCGGCGCAAGGGGUCGUCGACUACCAAGCCAAACAUUGUGUACACCGACGAGUCGUACAUUCACCACCAUUCCAAGUUCCACCACCAGAGCUUGUUUGUCGACGCAAAGCGAGUCGUGGACAUUGUGUUGUUUACACCCCCCCACCACUGGGAUCUCCAGCCGAUCGAGAUGGUAUGGACCAUUGCCAAGGGUGAGGUGAAUGAGCGUCUUGAGGGUGUAUUUGUGAACUUGAAGCCACAAUCUAUUAAAGGAUGUGUCCGCGUGGCUGAAGAGAAGCUACAAAAGCUGCAUGAGCACCUGGUGCAAAUUGAUGCGCUCGAGUCAGAUGACGAAUCGUCAGCAGAAAGAGGAAAUUCAAGUGACGAAGCGAGUGACUCGGAGUAG